UUAUACCUUAAAAUGCAUUUAUUGAAAUUGUUUUCAAUAUUAUUUAUAAUUAUAUCAAACACUUCGCCAGCGUUUGUUAAAAUUGGUUACUAUUCUGGUAUUACCAGUCAAUACUGUGGCUAUCAAUAUGUGAUAAGUCAGACAAAAGUAAAACCACAACCAAAAUGUUUCAAACAUCAGACAAAUAGCUCAACAAUUGUUGACAGUAUUGGUACUAAACCGUUGAGUAAUACUAACAGAAUAUAUGGUGGUAGUGAUACYGAAUWUAUUGAAUCACCAUGGACAGUUUACAUUAAAUACGAUUCAUCAUGGGGMUCUAUUACUACCAAUGAUUGCACCGGUACUCUAAUAAAUAAACAGUGGGUUAUAACUGCUGCCCAAUGUAACUAUAAGAGUUCAAGUGAACCAAAUAAGUAUUCAAGAAUACGUGUGUUUUUAAGGGACAGUAGACCCGGAAGAGAUGGUGGCAUUAGUGUACUCAUACAUCCAAAGCAUGUGUUUAGACACAAAUUUUAUAAUAAAUUUCAAAAGAUUAGUUCAUAUGAUAUAGCAUUGUAUAAACUGUGGCAAAGUGUAGAUAUCAAUAUAGAAGAUGRCAUYAAUUAUCCGGUCAACAACAACACGUUGUGUUUGCCAACCAAUCAUACCAUUUAUAAUAUUAAGCCAGAGUUAACAACAAUGUAUGGUUGGGGUGGAUCUAAAUACAUACCAAUUGGUAUGGAACCGAUUGCUAUUACGUAUUGGCAAAUAUCACCAGAUAUUCUUCAAAAAUCUAAUUUUCUGUUGAAUGCAAACAACGAAUGUCCCGAAAAUUUUUUGUGUUCACUAAAAUCAAAUGACAUUACUAUGAAUACUACCGGUUGUGAUGGUGAUACCGGUGCCGGUAUAAUACAAUAUACUGACAAUUCCAAGACACGGGCCGUUUUGGUUGGAAUAUACAUUAAUAGAGAUCGUGAAGACUAUACUAUUGGCUGUGCAGACAAUACUAAAGCAUUGUAUUGGAUACCAGUGGCCAAACAUAUUGACUGGAUUUUAAACACCAUUCAAAAUAAUUCAUGA